AUAAUCAUAGUCGUGUGUCGUAUAACGUGUGUAAUGUUUGUACCCGCGUGCUUAAGCCGUUGCUCCGAGAGCUUCGGGUUUCCUUGAACCUCGCUCGAUUAUUAAUUUAUUUUAAUUUAUUUUUUCGUAAUUAAUAUCGUGAUGUGCCUUUUGUGUUAUUAUUUAACUAUUUCGCAUAAUUCGAUAAUCCGAGCAUUUUUUUCGCGGAACUUUUUACCAUUAUUGUUUUUCAAGUACCAAUUGUCAUGAUUGAUAAAUUUGAAAUUCUUAUAAUUUAAUUUAGUUAUAAAUUUAAUUAACGUAUUUAAUUAUCAAUUAUCAAUGUAAAUAUUUAUAUUCUAAAGAAAACUACAUGUAUAUUCAAUACACGUAUACGCAAGUGUACAUAAAGGAAGGAAAAUAAAUUGUACAUACGAAAUUUUAAUCUUGAUUCUAAAUCGAAAAUAAAAAUUUAUCUUUGCAAAUUAAUGCAUCCUGUAAAAAGCAACAUGUUUUUUGUAUGUGUAACCGUGGGCCUUGUACUUUUGGCUUCUAAAUACCACAAAAAUGUUUUCCAAGGCGUUAAACAUCUUUGUCAAUGUAUGAAAAGUAAAAGUUGUAAGCAAGGUGAUAAUAAGAAAAAAGAUCUUAAAAUCUCAUUGGACAAAAUUAUUUUGGCCGAUACUCCAGAAAAAUGUGAUUACGCUAUUCAACGUAUUCACUGCAACUUGUCUAAUGAUGUGUUGGGUUUUGAUUGUGAAUGGGUUAAUGAAGGACCUGCUUCUUUACUUCAACUUGCUACAUUUAAUGGAGUGUGUGGCUUGUUUCGCAUUGGCAAAAUUGGAUAUAUUCCUCAAAAAUUGAAAGAAUUACUAGCUAAUAAACAUAUUCUUAAAGUAGGAGUUGCUUCAUAUGAGGAUGGACAAAAGAUAUUAGCAGAUUAUGGAUGUAAAGUUAGCAGUACUGUUGAUUUAAGAACAUUAGCAGCACGUGUGGAUUUACCAAGUCCGAAAAGUUUAGCUGCAAUGAGUUUGCAAUACUUAGAUUUGGAAAUAGAUAAAGUAAUGGAAAUAAGGUGUAGCGAUUGGAACGCUGGCACCCUUACUGACGAACAAGUGGCAUAUGCUGUUUGUGAUACAAUUGCAUCUGUUCUUAUUUAUGACCAAAUCAUACAAAAAAUAAAAGAGAAAUAUUCUUUGUGGGAAAUGUUAGUAAAUUAUAUAAAAAGCAUGUAUAAUAGAAACUUAAAUAUGCACUUUCAUUACCUACCUAGUGAUGUAAUUGAUGUGAGGUUUAAGAGCAAACAUGAACACACAACUAUUAAUCAAAAAAAUAGUGAAAACAAUUAUUUUGAUAAGAUUACUAAAAAUUUAAAGAUAAAUAACAAUAUGAUACAUAAAAGUUAUGUACCUACAAGAAAGAAACCAUUAUAUCAUAAUUGUUACUUACAAGCACCAGAUGGGGAAAUAUUAUGUACAUGUGAUCGUAAAAAAGCAGAAUGGUAUAUUACAAAAGGAUUAGGAGAAACAGUUGAAAAGGAACCAUUUACUGUGAGGUUAAAAUUUGAACCAUCUGGACGAGCUUUGGGAGAGGUUGGAAAAUAUUAUACACAAGUUAAAGUCAAUCAAUGCGUAGUUUGUGGGAAGUCAGACAUGUUUACUAGAAAAAAUGUCGUACCACGAGAAUAUCGUAAAUAUUUUCCAUGGGUGAUGAAAGCUCAUCAGUCUCACGAUAUAUUAUUAUUAUGUCCAUCCUGCCAUGAAAUAAGUAAUUAUUAUGAUCAGCAAUUCAGAAGAAAACUAGCAGAUAUGUGUGAUGCGCCUUUGGCUGGUCCAUUAACGCAUGUACGUAGUAAACAUGUAAAUGAUUCAAGGAAGUUACAUUCAGCCGUUAAAGCUCUAAAAGAAAAAACAACUUUACCCGAAUCACGACGCAGAGAUUUAGAACAUUAUAUUUUGGAAUGCACAAAAGAGAAGCAAAUCACUCCAACUCUACUUGAUGUAUUAAGUAAAGAGUUAGAAAAAAAAAUUUCAGUACCUAACUACGACCAGUCUAAAUGCCAACCUCAUGGUUUAAAGGUUGUUCAAUAUUUUCAUGAAAGGGAAGGAGGAUUGGUAGAAUUAGAACGUAUGUGGAGAGAGCAUUUUCUUCUGACUAUGAAGCCAAAAUAUUUACCAAAUUUAUGGUCUGUUCAUCAUAAUCAAGAGAGAUUAACUAUUCGUCAAUCAGAGAACAGAAUUGAACCAGAAGAUGCAAAAGUAGCUGGUUUGGCAUACUGAAUUUUAUAUAUUACGUACCUAAGGACUCGUAUAAGAGCGAGUACUUGUAUUAGAAGACUGUUACAUAAAUUAUGUGCAUAUAUUUAUAUAUACAAGCAUAUACAUAUUUAUAUAUUUACACACAUGUACAUAAGAAUCAAUACCUAUUAUAAGUGAGAUUAUUUGCAAUUUGUACAAACUGCUUUAAUUUAUAAAAAAAAAAGAGACUUGUGAUACUUUAAA